AUAGCACGUUCACUUGGCCGUAGAGAAUCUACGAGUUCGAGGCAAUGCUGGUGGUUAUGGACAUCCGGUGGACACUAGCGCACUUUUUCUUUUCUGUUUUGUUGGUUUUGGGUGAUGCUCAAAUGAAGAGUGAACCAGCAGCCCUGCAGCAGCCAAAUGCCCCGAAUAUGCCCAAAUCCUUGAACUCAGCAGCAGCCAAGACCAAACAAGCAGCCCCAAACAAAACACCAGCGCCAGCACCUACAUCAUCUUCAACAGCACCGUCAACCGAUCCCGAAAUAUGUGAGCUGUCGAAGACUGGAUCGGAAUUUGCAUUACAAUCGCUGCAGUGCACGUUGCAACAUCUCCCAAAAAAUAUUGCAGAUAAGUGGAAGGCCCACAUGACAACGAAAACGAAGAACGAAUCUGACCUAUUGACAGAAAUCUGCGAUGCUAAAGACGAAAAUGAAGACCCGGAAUUCAUGAAAACGUUUUCGGCCGAUGACAAAGGAAUGGUGAAUGACACCUCAGUAUUGUGCAGAAUAAGACACACGACUCCAUCUGAAUGCAAAGUGCUGCAAUAG